AUGAGCCUAGCAAAAUCUGGGCACCUUCGCUCCACUCCGCCGCCCAGUCCUCUAAGUUCCGAGCAGGAUGAGGUGGAGAUCGACGUGCUGGCAGAGGAGGAAGAUGGGUACCAGACGGAAGAGGACGGCGACGACGAGGAGGAGAGCCGUAAGUGCCUGGAGCGAUCGCUGCGGAGACCGGGAGCCGGCACUCUUCCAGGGAGGAGCACGGGCACCUGCGGCGGCGACCUGAGCAACUCCUCCGGGUUCCUCCGCAAGUUCCGAGCGCCGCGGACCCCGGCGACCACCACAACCGACGGCCCGCAGCCCGCUAAGCCCCCGUACUCCUACAUCGCGCUCAUCACCAUGGCCAUCCUGCAGAGCCCGCACAAGCGCCUGACGCUCAGCGGCAUCUGCGCCUUCAUCAGCGGCCGCUUCCCCUAUUACCGCCGUAAGUUCCCCGCCUGGCAGAACAGCAUCCGCCACAACCUGUCGCUCAACGACUGCUUCGUCAAGAUCCCCCGCGAGCCGGGCCACCCGGGCAAGGGCAACUAUUGGAGCCUGGACCCCGCCUCCCAGGACAUGUUCGACAACGGCAGCUUCCUCCGGCGGAGGAAGCGCUUCAAGCGCCACCACCCGUCCCCGGGAGGCCACCCGCAUUGCUCUUUCCCUCCACCCGCUGUGCCCGCCACCCUGCACGGCUCCCAGCCCAGCCUCCUGCUCCGCUACUCUGGCUCGCCGCAGCUUAACCUCGCAGCUCAUCCCUCCGCCCCGCCCGGGGGCCGCCCGUGCGCGCCGCUGCAUCCGCAUCCCCUGCGCUACCUGCUGCUCGCGGCCCCCGCCUAUGGAGAUACGCCUCGAAAAGCCGAAGGUGCGGACCCCGCCACCCACCACGCCAUCCCCGCGCUGCAGCCCGCACUGGGUGCCCAGCCUUGGGAGAGAGAUCAGGGAGGCGCUGGGUCUCGGUCCGGGUGCGCCUCGUUCACCAUCGAGAGCAUCAUGCAGGGGGUGACAGGGGGAGGAACUGGGUCUGCGCAAAGUCCGCCCUUCGCUCCGUGGAGCUACUGCCACCUGCUCCAGCACCCACCUAGCCUGCUGCACCCCCAGGCCACCUCCCCUUUGUUUCACUUGUCCGCAGCUUCCCGGACAAUGUUGUCUCAGCAGCAGCCGCAGCCGCAGGAAGAGCAUCACUGUGCCAUUAGCUGCGCUCCGGGUAAAGGCGUGCGCCUAAGCCGGCACCUGUCCGCCGUCGCGGCGCUGCUGAGGCAACAGCCUGCCGCUGAGGACGGGAGGCUGACAGCCCUGGCCGCUCUUUCAGGCCGAGAAGAGACUUUGCCCGCAUUUUAA